UUGUCUACGAGUGUAACCAGAAUUUGUGAAGCGGAAUGUCUGACCACGACAUGUUCGUACACAACGACAAAUACCAUUUAGACAAUCACAAUGGUUAUUUUUGCAAUGACCCUGACUAUUUAGACAAUGGUCAAAAUUCAAGGUCAAAGUUCAAAACAUAGACUUGGGUCUAAAAAGGAUUCUCAGGUAACAGAACUUACUGAGCGUACUGAGAUACAGUUGCAAAGACAAGAAGCAAGUCCUUGGUUGAAUGUUAAGGUCACAUAUAAGUGUCAAAGGUUGCAGAAGAGAAAUCAGUUAAGACUUAUUUCCAACAAUCUUUCUAAAAAAACAGCAACAACAACUUAAGAUGGGUGUAUCAUGUUGACAAUGGCACACUUGUGAUCUUUUCUGUUUUCUAUUUUCAGAUGGGCUUCCCUGCCAUUAUUGCCAGAAGACAUUCAACUGGAAUUCUGAUCUGGAUCGCCAGAUUCUAACACACACAGGGGAAAGGCCGUUCGAAUGCAGUGUUUGUCAUAAACAAUUUAAUAUUAAAAGUGAUCUUAAGCGUCACAUGUUGAUUCACACAGGAGAAAAACCAUUUGAAUGCAGUGUUUGUGAUAAACAAUUCAGUCAGAGAAGUGAUCUUAAGCGUCACAUGUUGAUUCACACAGGGGAAAAACCCUUUGAAUGCAGUGUUUGUGAUAAACAAUUUAGUCAGAAACGUCUUCUCCAGCAUCACAUGUUGGUUCACACAGGGGAAAAACCAUUUGAAUGCAGUGUUUGUGAUAAACAAUUCAGUCAGAGAGGUCAUCUUCAGCAUCACAUGUUGGUUCACACAGAGGAAAAACCAUUUGAAUGCAGUGUUUGUGAUAUACAAUAUAGUCAGAAACGUCAUCUUCAGCAUCACAUGUUUGUUCACACAGGGGAAAAGCCAUUUGAAUGCAGUUUUUGUCAUAAACAAUUUAGUCAGAAACGUCAUCUUCAGCAUCACAUGUUGGUUCACACAGGGGAAAAGCCGUUUGAAUGCAGUGUUUGUCACAAACAAUUUAAUCAGAAAGGUGAUCUUCAGUAUCACAUGUUGGUUCACACAGGGGAAAAGCCGUUUGAGUGCAGUGUUUGUCACAAACGAUUUUAUCGGAAAGGUGAUCUUAAGCGUCACACAGCGUCGGUCCACAAAGGGGAAAGGCCAUUCGAAUGUAGUGUUUGUCACAAACAAUUUAAUGAGAAAGGUCAUCUUAAGGAUCACAUGUUGAUCCACACAGGGGAAAAGCCAUUUGAAUGCAGUGUUUGUCAUAAACAAUUUACUCGUAAAGGUUCUCUUAAGCGCCACAAAGAGUUGGUCCACAAAGAUAUAAGCUUGUCUGCCAUCAUUGCCAUAAGUUUUCUGUUUACCUUCGAUAUCUCUAUGUUUUCAUCUAAUACAUUUUAUUGCUGUAUUUCAGAGCGUGGGAGGUUUGUGUGUGAGUAUUGCCAGAAAUCAUUCAGCGGUGUUUGUGACCUUGUACGGCACGUUCGUGUCCACACGGGUGAAAAGCCGUUCAAAUGUGAUGUGUGUCACAAAUGUUUCUCACGAAAAAGCUCCCUCAAGCGACACAGCUUAGUCCACAUGGAAGUGUUGUUUUAGUACAACACUCUGGGAUUACAGCAUUUGACAAAUUUAUAUCUAAGAGAGUUUACACUUUUCACGGGUAAAAAAGUUGUUUGUUUGCUGAAACACGCCACUGCACCUAAAAAAUAAACAGUAGUGUUUGAAGUUCUUAUUUUUUUAGGUCAUUAACUUGUUUUUACAAUUACAGUAACAAUGUAUUUAUUCCAAUGCUUGUCUGUUACAGUCAAACCUGGAAUACCACAAAUAAAUUUAUGCUUGAACAUUUAUGGCGCAUUGUUGGGAAUAACAUUUUUUAUUAUCACAAUGUCAUGCACAUUUUAUUGAAAUAAAUUAUAUGAUUUU